UUAAAAGGUGCUAUAUUUUCCAAUAACCGAAAAAUUCAGCUGGUUUAAGCAUUUGAAACCGGUCAACUCUAAAGGAGCAGUUGACCAAGUUCAUCUUCUCUUUAAUCAGAUCGGAGAAAGGUUUCUGGAGUCUUACAAAAUCCGACGAACAACAACAAAACCCUAAAUCAGAAACAAAAAGAAUGGGAGAGAUGAUGUACAAGCUCUUCGCAUCAGCAUCAUUACUAACCCUAGGAUUGUAUCAUCUCAUCUGCACAUUCUUCCACCUCCUCAAAUCUCCACAAUCCUACGCCGCGAAACCCUUUUACCCUUUCCCACGUCUCUCCUCCGUCACCGGAACCAACCACCGUCUCCAAAAUCUACCACUAUUCAUCCUCAUACUCUCCCUUUUCGUAGCGUUCCUUCACGAAACCCUAAUUUCGUUCUACACCGAUCCUCUCGUCAAAGGAAGCACCCCAGUUCAUAGAUUCUCGUCUCUCAACUCCGCCGCCGUGUUCUUCCUCUUCCUCAUCAUCGCCGUUUACUAUCUCCUCUCCGAUUCAACCUCUUUAACCCCUCUCCCUUCGGAUCUCCUCUUCGCACUCGCUUCCGUUGGUUUCUUCCUUCAUUACUCCGCCGCGUCAUCAUCUGCUUCGAUUCAAACAUCGGAUCUCGAAGCUCACUGUGAUUCACUCUCAGCUCGUAUCUCCGCGUUAUGCUCUCUCCUUUGCUUGCUUCUCGCUUGUCGUUCAAGACUCUUCAUCGCUGACGCUGCCCUGGCUGCUGCGAUCUGUCUUCAAGGUCUAUGGCAGCUUCAGACUGGACUCUCUCUCCAUGUUGAUGGGAUUAUCCCUGAAGGGUGUCACCGUCUUCUUGAUGUUCAAAGCGGUGUUGAAGGAUCGACUCAGUGUGAUGUUGAGGAUUCUAAACUAAGAGCUGUCUCUGUUUUGGAUCUUAUGUUUACUGUACACGUUGUGCUGGUGGUUAUCCUUAUCUUUGUUACUUACACGAUGGUGGUUAUGGCUGCUGGAGUUAGAAGAACUGGUUCUUAUGAAGCUUUGCCCACCAAUUCUACUGAUACUAAUCACAUUCAGAUGAAGUCUUUGACUGGCACUCAGGCUUGAAUUGAAACCUUAUCAAUCCUCUUGCUUUGCCUUGUUUUAUUUCAAACUCAAGCCUUGUCCUGUGGUGAAAGAAGAAGAUGAUACUCAUAGAUUUGCACUGAGAACAUAAAGCAUGUGACAACAACAUGAGCAUUAUAGCUUGGCAAUCCCAUGUCAAUGUCAUUUAAGGCAAAGAAGAGGAACCAAAGGUAUGUUUCCCAUCUGCCUUCUUUGAGAUGGGAUUGCCUAAGCUAAGGCUUUGUGUUGUUGUCACAUCCUCUUUCAAGUCGUCUUCUUUGUCUUUCACCGCAUUCUUGAGUUUGGUUUAACGAAAAAAACUAAGUAGAUGUAGAAAUAGUUGACAGAAUUUGAUUGCAGUUUAAGAUUUUAGAAUAGACACUUUGGUACCCUUAUAAGUUACUAGAAGUCUAGAAUAAGAGCAGAAAAGAUACAUGUUAAACGCCAACAGGAGGUAUGAUUCAGUUGUCUAGGUAGAGGCUGAUUGAUUGUUAACUCAACUUAAUGAUCAGUGAGCAAUUUAGAAGCAAAAUGACAUUAGGCUGUCUUGAUCAUCGGGUCUUGUUAUUAUGGGCCUAAGCACAGGCCCAGAUAUGUCAUCUACGGUGUACUGUAUUCGUUCGUAUGCGUUGAUAGCUUGAAAUCUGGAGGUCUGCGCGUGGGAAGGGGAAUGGAUGAAAGUGAAACCUUAGUGGUUAAGUUAUUGCGAAAAGAGAUAAAAGGAUAAAACAAUCAAUUGAGAGCUUGAAACGCCCCAGAAAAAGUAGCUUAUGGUGGUGGGAAUAUUUUUAUGUUUAUUUUUUUCACUCUUUAUUGCUGAAAGGUACAACACUUGUAUGUAAGUUGUCUUUAAUAUAAUGUUUGUUUCCCUAA